AUGCCCGACAUAAUCGACUUGAUAUCAUCUGACCCCCAACUGCCUGAUAGCUCUCACUUUCAAAAUGCGCAAAACUCAUCCCACCAACUCCCACGACGCCCCUCCAACUCGGCAUUGAUAUCAUCGGACUCCAUUGACCUUUCGCUUUUUACUUACGACGACUUCGAAAAACCGUUGAAGAAACGAAGGGUUAGCAAUGAAAUACCACAACCACCCCCAGGCCGAGUGGCCACCGCAACGACGCGACCGGUCCCUGCUCGAGUAUCAACUCUCGUUUCAUCGUUCGCUCUUUCAGACGACGACUUCAGUCCUCCCACCUCAACCACCUCAACCACCCUCCCCACCUCCAGGACAACAACAUCGAGAACGCAAUCCGGAAAAAAGUCAGAAUAUUCCGAGCAUGAAAUUCAACUUUCAGACCAUGACAUUCCAAUUUCAUCGCCCCCUGAGCUCCCCUCGCGAAACCUACCGUCAGGCGUGUCAAGAAUGCCCUUUCAACCCUCAGCGGCGCGAAACGAGCCCUACGACCCCUCAGACAUCAUUUCGCUCGAUGAUGACGAUGCUUUUGCAUCUGUCGCCGCGAGAAACGGAGCGGUGAAAUCCACUCAGGACAGCAUAGAAGAAUUCAGCGAUCCAUUCUCGGUUCCUGGCUUUGCCGAGAUGAUUGGGGAGAGGCGCACAGGCAAAACUGUCUUUUCCAGCAAGACCGCCCAGUUACUGUCAAGUUUGAGUGAAAAAGAAAAAGCCGCAAAGAAAAAGCCUACAUCGAAAAACACUGUUCAUUACCGAAAUAAGACAAGUGCUAUGGAGUUCGCAAAUCUUUCUGACGAGGUGGAUGAGCCUGCUGCACCGCGCCGGCCACCGCAGAAGAAUUCAACCAAGAUAUCAACCGAAGAAAAAGAGGCUAAAGCUAAGGCAAGAGCUAACGCUAAAGCGCAGAAAGACCGCGAUCGUGAGAUUGAAAAAGAACGAAAACAGAAACUCAAAGAGGAGAAGGCGAAACAGAAGCAAUUAGAUGCAGACAUUGCAGAAGUUAAUAAGUUGAAAGUCGACAAGAAGGAAUCUACGCCAGAGAUGAUUAUUGAUAUCGAGUCUUCUUUGGAAGAGGCUAGUGUUGGUAACCAGACAGUUGAGUUCAUGCGGCGCCUUGGGGUUGAGCACACAUUCUUCAUAAGUCCAAUCCCAAAUGUGGUCAAGUGGCGGCGAAAGGUCAAAGCAAAAUGGAAUGAUUCAGCUAGUCGUUGGGAGCCAUGCGAACCUCACAUCCAACACGAAAAACACGUCCUUUGUUUGGUACCUGCCCAAGACUUUGUUGAUAUGGUGAUCGCCUCCCCCGACGGCGAAGAAAGAGAGACAUUAGAGAUGCACGUACUCAAGAUUAGAAGUGCAUAUCCCAAUCAUAAACAAAUUUAUCUCAUUGAAGGUCUCACAGCAUGGAUGCGCAAGAAUCGGAACUCACGAAACAGAGCAUAUCAGGCUGAAGUGCUUCGCCAAUAUGAACAACCCCCUGCUGCCGAACCUUCUACCAGGGGCCGUGGUCGUGGCAGGAAACCCAAAAACAAACCAGAAACCACGCCACCCGUUGACGACGAUACGAUUGAAGAUGCCCUUCUUACGCUCCAAGUACACCAUGGAUGUCUUAUCCACCACACUAAUGCCCCCACGGAGUCUGCUGAAUGGCUCAAAAAUUUCACUGAACAUAUUUCCACAAUUCCUUACCGACACGAACGAAUGACGGGUAAUGAUGCAGCGUUUUGUAUGGACGUUGGUCAAGUCAAAACCGGCGAAGACAACCUUGAUACAUUUGUUAAGAUGCUCCAAGAGGUGAACCGAGUUACAGCUUCCAUGGCCUACGGUAUUGCAGGCCAGUAUCCAUGUGUCACGGACCUUGUUCGAGGCAUGAGGAUGCAUGGCCCUACUAUGCUGGAAGACGUUAGGAAAUCUGCAAACAGGAACGGUGGUUUGACUGAUUCGCGCAUCGGUCCGGCUGCUAGCAAGCGCCUUUACAAGGUAUUUACGGGCUUGGACCCUGCAUCCACCGAUGUCUAG